CCGCGCCUUCGGAGCAUGGCGAGCCGCGGGCAGGUUUUGAAGCUUUUUAAAUUAUUGCACAGAACCCGUCAAGAAGUUUUUAAAAAUGAUGCCAGAGCCCUUGAAGCUGCAAGACAAAAGAUAAAUGAAGAAUUCAAAAAUAACCAACAUGAGACAUCUAAAGAGAAGAUAAAUGAGCUUCUGAAAAUAGCUUCAGAUGUUGAAGUGAUUCUCAGAACUUCUGUUAUUCAGGCAGUUCACACAGAUUCCAACAAAAUAUUGCUCAUACCCAGGAAAGAUCUGCUACAAGACAACACUCCUUACUUUGAUAAACCAACAAAAAAGCAUGAAUCCUGAGGAAAAUAUGACCCUCUCCCACAAAGGUUAAUAUCCUGUAAUGAGGUCUCUGAAAACCAAUAAUGGAUACUUGGUUUAAAGCUGAUUUUUAAAAACAGUUCAAUAUUCUUACCAGGAAAACAGAAACAUUGUGACUUGAAACCAAGUCGCUGAGUUUAUUGUGUGCCAUGAUACCAUCAUGCAUUUCUUCUGUGGAAGUUAGUGGAAGACACACAGUUCUUUUAAAAAUACAAUGCUGAAUUUUGUUACUUCAACCAAGAAUGUAUUUGUUUGUGUCAGUCAUGAGACAGAGAUUGUUUCCUUGCAAUCCGGAGUUUUUAAAAACUGCACACAAAUUAAAUGCAGUUCUUAAUCCUGAUAGUAUUUAUUUAUAAGACUAUUGUCAAUCAUAUGCAGCUUUGAAGAAAUGAAAAACCUUGUGGCACUUGCCAUUAAAUUAAUGCUUUGCACCAGAAGCAUGAUUUCUGAAGUCGUCAUUAAUUGUACGCUAAUAUACUGUGAUGUUUGAGAGAGUUCUUAAGUUUUAUCUCAAUAAAUUA